AUGGUGCAUUUUACGACGAAUGACAAAGUGAAUGGAUGGAUGAAAGAAACCGAUGAAAUGAAAUUUAAUAAGGAAAGCAACGUUCCAUAUACUCAAAAAGAUGAUAACAAGAAGGAUUUUAUAAUAUUACUUCAAAUUUCAUUUCAAAAUUAUGUCCUUGUAACCGUUGGUGCACCUAUUUUAGCCCUUAUAAUUGAUUUUUUACUUGGAUUUUCAUUGGAUUAUCAACAGAUUUUAGCUUAUGAUUGGUCAUGUGGGCUCGUUAAUAUACCAUCAUUUUCGCGAAUUAUCAAUUUACCAAAGGAACGAAUCAUUUGGAAUGCUGCAGUUCUCCUUCAUCUUCCACUGCGAUUUCUUCUAGUUUUAACAAAUUAUAGAAUUUGUCGAAUUCCAUCAAAUGAAUUGUGUAACCGGAAACUGCACGAAGUGCUAUCACGGAUUAUCAUUCUGUCAGGUUUGGUUGAGAUUCUGAUGGUUUUGCUGUUAACGGUAAUUGGCGAACGUGAAGAAACGCAUCAAUUGCAUGGCACACAUUUUAAUUGGCAUGUUCACUUCUUCAUGAUAUUUGCUUUCUCCAGCGCAAUACAUUUCACGGUUAUUACAACGACGUAUCGGAGGAGUAAACAUUACGUGGAACAUUUUAAUGGACAUUGGAGUUUCAAUUUAAAAUUUUACUUAACGCUAGUUUAUAUUGCUUUGCUACCAGUCACAUUCCUAUUCUUUGCGAUGUAUUGGAUUUUGUGCUAUAAUUUCGCAUAUGAUUUCUUCGCACUCUCGGAAUAUCUAUUAAUACUGGUAAAUUACGCUUUCCAUGCAUCGGUAAUUUAUGACUGCGACGACAUCUACCAGUUUAAGAUGCCGAAACACUACAAGAAUGGUUAG